AGUAACAACAUUAUCAUUGCAUUGAAAUUAUUGUUUAAAUCUAUGAACCCACUCAAUGAAGUAAAAAAGGUGGAAGAUGAUGAAACCACUGCAGUGCAGCUAUAAAUAGAGAGCAGUUUACAUCAGUUUAUCACACACAUGAUCAUAUCAUAUUUCUCUUUACAUCUAUACAAUGACCGAGAGCUCCAUCUCCAGCACUUGGUCAUCUUCAGCUGAUAAACAAUCCGACCCCAAACCCUCUUCGUCGCUCAAGCUCUUUGGCUUUUCACUCACUGACCAAGACGAGGUUUCAGUGAAAGCCGAAGAAGAUUUUGGAGAAAGCAGGAAAUUCGAGUGCCCGUUUUGUCACCGCGUAUUCGCAAAUUCUCAAGCACUUGGUGGGCAUCAAAAUGCACACAAGAGAGAGCGUCAAAGAGCGAGGCGGACCCAGUUUCUUCACACCCAUCACCAUCAUCAUUAUCAACGCUACAUAGCAGCUGCCGCGGCCGCUGCUGCUGCGCCUGUUUUAAGCUCCCAUGCUGUACGGUCGUCGCCGCCGCCGGGGCUUCCUGAAGGGUUCACCAGCAACGCCGCCGGGAAAUUUGUUGCGCAACAACCGCUGGUGCUUCGGUCAACGCCUUGUGAUGAGUGUCCCCAUCGGAUUUACGUAGCGCAGCCACUGUAUUUGGGGGCGUCAGUACCCGAAUUCGUUGAAUUUGGUGGUGAAUUACCGGAGGCGGACAUAAGCGUUGAUCUUCAUCUUAAACUGUCUCCUUCAGGUUGUUAGAACCUAGGAUUUUAUUAAGUUCCUCGUCUGCUUUUAUAAUUUACCCUUUUUUUGUGUGUUUAAAUGGUCUCAAGACAUGUUUCAAUGUAUUGAAGAAAUUGGUCUUUCCAUGCAAA